AUGAAAGAUGUUCUAUUUCAUAGUGUUAAUGGAGUUUAGUCUUAUAUUUAAUGUCAAACUAAAUGCAAAACAAAAAAUUACUUAGUUGUAGGCAAUAAAACAAAAGAGAAAAUAGAAAAAGAAUUGGGAUGUGAUUCAAUCUAGGUUUUUAACAAUUAGAAUGAACUGACUAUGUAUUUGUUAUCAUAAAAUUAACAGUUGAAUUUGUUAUACAUUAUUGGAAAUCUGUCGGAGAUAGGAAUAGAACUCUAAAAUAAACAUUAAGUUACUAUCUUUGAAGGUUAUCAAACCUUAUCAAAUAAUGCAUAGGAAAAGUAAAAUAUUGAUUUUAGCUAAUUUGAUUACAUAGUUUAUUACAGCAAUUCAAAUUAUAAUCAAUUUAAAGAAAUGUAAAAGGAAUUAAAAGACAAUGUGCUUCAUAUUUUUAUAGGAUAGAAAUGUAGUCAAGGUCAUAAUGAGAAGAAUUUUAUAAUAUUGCCAGCUCCAACAUUUGAAUGUCUAUUAGACUGUUUAUGA